AUGUUGAAUUGGUUAAUUUGCUAUUUAAAUUCCAAUGGAUAUUAUUUCUACGAUUCGGACUAUAAUUACAAUCAGCCCAAUUACAAUAAUUACGCAAGUUACGACUGCAAUUACAAUGGUAAUUACAAUCAGCAACCAUAUUAUUCACCCCCACGACGCCAAAGAGGCCGUCGCUCCAAAAGGGACGAUGAUAUCGUGGAUGCAAGAAAUCGUCAAAAACAAUUGGAAGCUGAAAAACGCAAAGCCUUAGAAGCUGCUAAUUUAAAGAAAGGUCUGGAAACAAAAAUAGAGGAGGGCAAUAAAGGCUAUGAACUACUAGUUAAAAUGGGCUAUGAAAAUGGCAAAGGUUUGGGUAGAAAAGCCGAGGGAAUACUAGAACCUUUGCCGCUAGCUAAGAAAUCAGAUCGCAAAGGUUUGGGCGCACCCGGGUUAGACAGCACAGCAGCAACUAAAAGUCAAUUACAAAAUAUACAACGUAAAGAAUCACACGAAGCCGAAGAGGCAACAGUGCAAGCUAAAAAAACCAAGCAACAGUUAACGGUGGCUAAAAAAGUGGCCGUAGCAAAGCCGAAGCAGGCAUUAAAAGUAAAGCCUCAGACAGUUGCAGUUAAACCAGUAGUAGCACAAAAACCACAACAGUCUACAAAUGAAGUAAAGCAAAAGCUAGAAACAGCUAUCGUCAGAAAAUUACCACAAGAAGUGGUAACUUUAUCUGGUAAUAAUGUAGCGUCCUCAACUGUUCCUCAGGCUGUAAGUACUAUCUCUACUAAGAGUGACAAAGUGAAAUUCUCAGUAAAAGAUCCGUGUACACCCGAAUUUAUGCAAACUCUAGGACGGGUAUUAAAUAUGGAAAUUGAAUUAAUGCAAUUGCGUUUGGCAGCAGAAGCAUCUUUAAAUCAAAUGCACGAUAAUAAUGAACUGAUUGUGGCUAAAAUCUACAUAGACAACAAUCCAAAUGUAGCAGAUCAUGUAUUUGAAUUCAUACGCACCGAACUGGUUGGCUGGAUUGGUGUGUACCAGCAAGAGGGUAUGGCUACGCCCAUUUUCCAUAGUAUAACCAACAACGGCAGCCACAUUACUAUUGUUUGCGAAAAUAAUUAUGCCUUCGAAUGUCUGUCGCGAUGCAUUGACGACAUUGUGCAGAUGAAGACUAUGGAAUCGCUUAAGGUGCUUCGUUUGCCACCCAUUACACCAUUGAUUUAUUGUUUCGAUGUCAAAUACGAGGGCAUAGCAAGUGAUGCUGAUCUGUUUUUGUCGCAACUGCAGUUGCACAAGCCAAAAUUAUAUACGGACAAUUGGGUGGUCGCCUCCCAGGAGGUUUGUGUCGAGGAACGCAAAACAUUUUUUAUAUUUUUAGUCGAUGAACGUUCAGCGCUGGCACUGAAUUUCCACUAUAGUCGUAGUUUUUUCAUUUGUAUGCAACAGGUUACAUUCCGUAAUCGUGGCAUUAUUAAAGAAACUAUUGUAAAUUAAAUUCUUUAUAAUACGAAUAUGUACUUCUAUUACUUUAUUAAUUCAUUUGAUUUAUUUUACUUGAAAAGGAAUUGAAUUG